AUGGCGGACACGGCAUCACAAACUUGUCCCAUGCGGAAGAUACCCCUUGAGGUCUUGCUGCGCAUCACCCAUCACCUUUCCACACCGGAUCUCGGCAGCCUUCGCCUCACCAGCCGCUCCUUGGAGCAGUCCCUCUACACAACAUUCGUCAAUGAAUUCUUCACGCGCAAGCAAUUUAUGAUUACCGAGGACAGCCUGCAAGCGUUAAUAGACAUCUCAAAGAGUCGCCUUGCCCAGCACCUGCGCUAUGUUCACUUUGGUCUUGACCGGUUUCCAGAGGGCAUCCAACGGCCGCUGUCCGAUGAUGAAAAGGAGCGCAAGUUUAGGGAGAGAUAUGCCAACAACUUCACCUUGUGGAACACCGGGCACCACCGGGAUAUGAUGGCUGAGGCGUUUCGAAACCUACCCCAGCUGGAAGAUGUCAUUAUACGGGAUUUUAACUCACGACGGCGGUCGCGCGAUGGUCCGACUGCUGAGUGGCACAGUUACGGCUUCAUGACCGCCUUCAAUGAGACUGGAGUGCCUCUGAACCAAGGCAUGACUGGCAUUUGGAACUCAGGGUUCCCCUAUCAGUAUUGCAGCCAGGUGUUUUCAGCCGUCUUGUACGCUCUGGCCGCUGCCGAGGCAAACAUAAAGGGCAUCGAAAUAAUGUCUCGAAAUGCCAACCAUUUGCGAGACUUUGCUUUCAAUAUCCCCAAGUUCAUGGAACCUAAAGUGGUGCCCAUAUUACAAGGACUGGAGAAGCUGCAUCUGUGUAUCGAUUUGGCCUGGAGGAGUCCGCCUGUCGGGCUGCCAAUGAAUCCCGGACAGAACCGGCCGUCCCCAGACCUGUUUAUCAGAAACUUUUUGUUGCAUACCACUAAUCUCAAGAACCUGCGCAUCAAUGAACACCGUUCCAACAGUGCUGGGUUGGCAAACCUUAUCGACUGGAUGGUUGAUAGCGAUGGUGGAGGACCGACUGUUUCGAUGCCCAACCUCGAAGAAUUGAGUCUUGGUACCAUGAACAUUGAUGCACCACGGCUACUCAAGCUCAUUAAAAAAUUUGCACCAUCACUCAAGAGUGUAGAGCUUUGGAAGGUGACUAUGAUACGGCAUUUGCCGCCAAAUGCACCAACUCCAACACCGAGAGAAUCCUUCUGGGCCGACUUUAUGAAGAAACUCACCGAUAUUCCUGGUCUGGAGCUCAGGCACUUCAAAGCGGGAAUGCUGCAACAACACUGGAUUGAGAAGCCAGUCCCGGCGCAUGUUACGUUCAAGGGCUCGGGGCCAACACGACAGUACACUGGGCCAGACUGGAAGCAUUUCAUCGCGGAGACAAGGCCGUUGGUGGAAGUUCACUGGCCGUAUGAGGUUGUGACGGACAGUGAGCACGCAAGUGAUGAUGAGGAUGACGUGGAAGAGGGUGACCUUCUUAUCACUGGUGAAGAAGACCUUGGCAGCGGCGACGACGCCGACGAGUGA